AUGGCGGAACAGCUCCUUGAGGCCCAUCAAAAGGUGUAUGGGACUUCCACCGCGACAGAGAGAGUAAAGAUAUGCAUCAGAAAUGUGCUUGCAAAACAGGGUGUAGGAAUACUAGAUAACGAACAGCUUCUGGACACAGAUGAGGAUGAGGAUUAUGAAGACCAAACAAACGAUGGUGAGAAUGAGGACGAUGUAGAAGAUUAUGAUGAAAAUGAAGAAGAUCAAGAUGGAGAAGGCGAGGAGGAAGAACAAUUCCAGACAAAAGUGACGAAUGAGCAAACUCUUGAAACUGCUAAAAACAACAAACCAUCUCUCGCUGCUCCAGAAGGACAAAGAACGUGCAGCAUAUGCAAAAAGAAGGAUUCGCACAACUCAUGGACAUGCCCUGACAAGGAUGAUAUCCUGAAAAAGCAGCUUGAAGAGCAACAAAAAUGGGGGGAUAAGGAUAUGGUGCCACAAGAGAAGAGAACUUGUAGCAACUGUGGGAAGAUUAGAGGGCACAAUGCUAGGACUUGCAAGAAGUUGCAGCUGGAAGAACAACUCCGCACGCAGAUGGAGUUGGAAUCACAGAAUAUUGCUCAAAGGAGCAGCCCCGAAGAGCAGACUUCACUGUGUUAA